UUAAACAUGUCUGAGGUAACUAAUAGCACCCACAUUCCCUUCUACUUCAUUCUCACUGGCAUCCCGGGAUUUGAGGCUUACCACAUCUGGAUCUCCAUCCCCUUUUGCUGUCUCUACACUAUCUCCAUCGUGGGCAAUACCACCAUUCUAUCUGUAAUACGCACAGAGCCAUCUCUCCACCAGCCCAUGUACCUAUUUCUCUCCAUGCUGGCCCUGACUGACCUGGGUCUCACCCUCAGCACCCUGCCCACAGUCAUGCAGCUUCUCUGGUUCAACAUCCGGCAUAUCAGCUUUGAAGCUUGCUUUGCCCAGUUCUUUUUCCUACAUGGAUUCUCCUUCAUGGAAUCUUCUGUCUUGCUGGCCAUGUCUUUUGACCGCUAUGUGGCCAUCUGCCGCCCCCUGCAUUAUGCCACUAUCCUCACCAACACUGUUAUUGGCAGGAUUGGAAUAGCCAUUGUUCUCCGCUGUGUUCUGGCUGUUCUUCCCUCUCUUUUUCUACUCAAACGUCUCCCUUUUUGCCGCUCCCACCUUCUCUCUCACUCCUACUGCCUUCAUCAGGAUAUGAUUCGCCUGGCCUGUGCUGACAUUCGUGUCAACAGCUGGUAUGGGUUUGCUCUAGUUUUACUUAUUAUUGUAAUGGACCCUCUACUUAUUGUGCUGUCGUAUGCAAUGAUUCUAAAAAGCAUCUUGAGCACAGCCACCUGGAAUGAGAGACUCAGAGCCUUUAAUAACUGUCUGUCUCACAUUCUGGCUGUUCUGGUUCUUUAUAUUCCCAUGGUUGGAGUGUCUAUGACUCAUCGAUUUGCCAAGCAUGCCUCUCCUUUGCUCCAUGUUUUCAUGGCCAAUGUCUAUAUGUUGGCGCCUCCCGUGAUGAACCCAAUCAUUUAUAGUGUAAAGACUAAACAGAUCCGUCAAGGAAUUAUCCAUCUCCUAUUCCAGAGGAAAGUACAUUAA